UUUCGUCUCUAACACGGAACUCUGGAACUGGCUCUCCAGCUGCUCUGUCCUUUCAGAAGGAGCAGGGAGGAAGGCGCGGCCAGUGCUCGCGCUCCCCCCCCGCUGGGGCAGCAGCUGUGGUAGCGCCCCGGGCGCGCGGUUCGAAAGGCGCGGCGGGUCCGAGCGCUCCGCCCUCCCUCACGGCCGGGCUCGGGUCCGAUCCGAUCCCGAUCCCAUCCGAUCCCAUCCGAUCCCAUCCGAUCCCGACUCCUCCUCCCUCCUCUCCCGGAGUGCCGGGUCCCGCUGGCCCCGCCCGGAGCCGGGCAGGAUAGUUAUUUUGUUUUGUGGAGUAACGCUGAUUCUGAGAAAUGGACGACAACGUUUGUCAGGGUUAUGAAGAUGAAAUCCAGGCACUGGAAGAAGAAAUAAAACUACUGACAGAAAAGUAUGAAGAUAUCCAGCAAGAAUCCACCUUUUUUUCUGAGGAGGAGAUAUUGAAGUCAAUGAAAUCAUUCCAAAGAGAAACACAGGGAGAAUCCCAGGGACUUCGAUCUCCAUCAGACCUGAAAGCUCAGCUUGAAAGUCUAGAAGCAGAUCUGUCCUUUUUGAUGAAACUUACUGGUUUGCAGUUCACAAGUCAUUCCAAGAAAACAGUGGAAAAAACUAGAGACAGAACAGUGCAGAAGCACAGGUUGUCCGGGAAUUGUCACUCCCUGUCUUUUCAACUGGAAUUCCAGCUUCAAGAAAUGCAGAGCAAAGAGAAGGUGUCUUCUGUUGUCACCGAUCUCAACAUUAUAAUGGAAUGUGGAGAAGAUUCUGGUGUGAGCAAGUUUGUGUCAAGCGUUGAAGAACACGGAAAUCUUGUGAUGUUUUUCAGAAGCCUUUCAACCUACGCCGAGUGGUACGAGCACCGCAGACGCACCUUCCUGCACUUCAAGGCCAAGUAUCCUGAGGUCGUGACCCUUCCAGAAGGACUGCAGGGAGAUUUUAUAAUUCUGAGGAACCCCAAAGUCUCUGGGUUUGAAUUGAUGGUUGUUUGGAAGAUCCAUCUGGACGAAGAAGGGACAACUACACCAGUCCUGGACCUGCUGACCAAAGUCCCAGAGCAAGUGCUGGAGCAGAAGAUGACGAGAGUUGAGAGUGUCCCUGGCCGCUUCCGGAGCAUGGUGCUGCUCCUUGGGAUCGAGGCAGCCCUGGAGAACCUGAUCAAGGUGCUUGAAUGAAUUGCCAGCAUGACUUACAGC